CUCAGGCGCGGCGGCGGGGGAGGAGGAGCGGAGCGCGCCCGGCGCGAUGUGGCAGCGGUCGGUGUGCGUGGGCCUGCUGGCCCUGGCGCUGGGCUACCUGUGCGUGCUGGGCCCCGAGCUGCCCCCCGCGGCCCUGCGGCAGCUCUCGGCCUCGCUGCUGGGGACGCUGCGCCGCGCCCGCUCGCUGGAGGCGCGCACGGUGGCGGCCUGGCAGGCGGCCAUUGUCCGCCCCGCGCGCGGCUGGGCGCGCGUCGCCGUCGGCGUCAACGCCUGCGUGGAUGUGGUUCUGUCGGGGGUGAAGCUGCUGGAGGCGCUGGGCCUGGAGCCCGCCAACGGGAGGGACCACGCGGUGCUGAGCUCCAGGCAGGACCUCAGCGAGGCUUUCAGCCACUUCAUGGAGAGAGGGGCGGCCGCCGAGCGCUUCUUCAGCGACGCCGAGGCCUUCCAGGACAUCGCACGGACGGCCUCGGAGCAYCCCACGGCACAGCUUUACGUGGGAGGAAAUGCUGCUCUCAUCGGGCAGAAGCUCGCCACAAAUCCAGACCUGAAGAUCCUCCUGUGUGGUCCCGUUGGUCCCAAGCUCCACGAUCUGCUCGAUGACAAUGUGGUUGUGCCGCCUGAGUCCAUGCAGGAGAGAGAUGAAUUCCAUCUCAUCUUGGAAUACCAAGCAGGUGAGGAGUGGGGCCGAGUGAGGGCCCCUGCUGCCAACCGCUUCAUCUUCUCCCACGACCUGUCCAACGGYGCCCUGAACAUGCUGGAGGUGUUUGUGUCCAGCCUGGAUGAAUUCCAGCCAGACCUGGUGGUGCUUUCGGGACUCCACAUGAUGGAAGGGCAGAGCAAGGAGAUGCGCCACAGACGGCUCGUGGAGGCUGUGGCCUCCAUAUCCGAUAUCCCUACUGACAUUCCCAUACACCUGGAGCUGGCCAGUAUGACUGAUCAGGAUUUUAUGAGCAACAUUAUGCAUCAGCAGGUCUUGCCCCUGGUGAACUCCAUCGGGCUGAACGAGCAGGAGCUGCUGUUCCUCACRCAGUCCGCCUCCGGGCCCCACGCCUCGCUGGCCGCCUGGAGCGGCAUUCCCGACGUGGGGAUGGUCAGCGACAUCCUCUUCUGGAUCCUCAAGGAGCACGGCAAGACGGCGGAGCGCGCCUCGGACCUGACACGSAUCCACUUCCACACGCUGGCCUACCACAUCCUGGUCACCGUGGACGGCCACUGGGGCAACCAGGCGGCGGCGGUGGCGGCCGGGGCCAGGGCUGCUGGUACCCAGGCCUGCGCCACCGACACCAUCGACACCAGCAAGGUGUUCCUCAAGGCGCCGCUCGAGUUCGUCACCUCGCACACGGAGGCGCCGGCCAAAAUCUCCCUGAACCCGGACGAGCCCGUGGUGCACUGGCACAGGGAGGGCAUCUCCUUCCACUUCACCCCCGUGCUGGUGUGCAAGGAUCCCGUCCGGACCGUGGGGCUCGGGGAUGCCAUUUCGGCCGAAGGACUGUUCUAUUCCGAAGCGUAUCCUCAGUAGGAAAGCGGGACCCUCCUUCUCCUGCGACGCCGCGCGGUCCGAGAGCCGCRGGCUGGGAUUUGAGGCGGUGGUGGGAUAGGAACGGAACCAGGGUGUGCUGUGUUUGCUGGGUAUCACUGAAAAAGAGCCAAAGAAUAAUUCCAGGUACAAACUGUCGGCUACAUUCCAGUCACUUGGCAGUGACUCGAGCGCUUCACGUGCAGGUGCAGAUGAUUCAGUAUUUAAUGUGAAAAUUGGCUUUGUCCUAAGCAGGCAGGAGGGACACAAAGACCAAAAUCCCCGGCUGGCAAAGUUUGCUGUUCGUAGCUCAGGAUGGAUCUUUUCUGGUAGUGCUGGAAAGAGCAGCAACAGGAGAAUUUCCUGCCCCUGGAUCCCAGGGAGAGCACAGCAGUGCCUGGCCCUGCCUGGCCUCUGUUAAAUUGGAAAUAAAAGGCUGGUGGGUUAUCUCCUCCCAGCACAUUGCAAACCUUGCUUGGGGUGAGGAUGGAAUCAUUGCCUGGUGAAAUCACCUCGCUGUGUCCCCAGCCCCAGAAGGAGCCAUGGUCCCAAAAUGUGACACAGACUGAACCUACUGCAGGCUGCACAGGUGAUUCUGGAUAUUGGUGACUAAAGGUGUUCGACUGAGCCCCGGCAAUCUGUGCUUAAGGUUUUURAAAACUAGGAGUGAAGAUAAUCAGGGUUUCUGUUUGGGGGACAGCUCUGRUUCCCUGCCAGGGAACCCCCAAACGGUUCCUUGCGUUUGCUGUUCACUAAAUACCUUCUCUGCUAACAGCUGGUGUGUUACAGAAAAGCUCUGGAGCACUGGAGAUGCAUUUUUUGGUUUGAGAAUGAUUGUGCCAAAUUCUUCAGUCUCCCCGCCUUCUGUUAGGAAAGGUUAAUAUAUUGGAGAAGGUCCCUCUGGAAGCUCUAGAGCUGCAACAGCAUUUUCCAGGUAAGACUGAAGUAAAGAGGCCUUUUUAGGGUUUGAUGUUGGGGUUUUUUUUUAAUAGGUCACUGAUAGUUACUUUGCUCUGGCCUUUGACAUUAAAAAAGCAGAACCAUGUGUCCUUGUUAAAUACUUUGCUUCUAUUUUUUUUUUACCUUUUCACAGUCACACGCUCAGAAUUGCAGAGCACCAGCACGCUUUGCUCUCUUUCCAGCAUGUUUUUUUUGUCUCUGGCCACUUCAGGAGCUGGGAGUGUCUGUGCACAGCUCUCAAGGCAGUUUUCAGCAGAGCUGGGUUCAGUGCAAUCAGCCUGUGCCUCAGCAGARCUCGGGGAGGUUGUUCCAGGUCAGUGUGUGCACCUGAAUGGAGCGAGGAGAGUCUGCUCAGGGUGGAGCCAUGAGUUGCAGUAACUCAGCUGCUGUCAGGAGUGUUCUCCUGUUGGGASAACCAUCCUGACUGCUCUGCAGGGAUGAGAAUUGGCAGCUGUUGUACUCACACUGACUCAGCACRCAAUGCUGUCUGCCAUGUGUGUUCAGCUUUCCCCAGAGCAAAGCCUUCUGUGUUGCACAGAGCAAACGUGCACUCAGUGCUGUGUCUUCCUGCAGCUCAUCCCACCCUGAGCUUCMCUCAAGUCUCAGCUUUUUAUCCAGGUGCAGGAUCUUCUUAAGACUGGAAGUAUUUAUACACAGAUUUAUUAUUUUUGUUACUAUUAUUAUUAUUAUCAUURAUUAACUGUAGCACAGGACUUGGAGUCCUGGUKUAGUCUUCCUAAACUGAAAAUAAAUGACCCUCUCCUUUCAGCUGUCUUGGAGGUCCAGGGCCAUUGGCAAGGCUCUUUUGCAGCCUGGGCUGGUGGCCUUUGGCACUCCACUCCUAGGGCCACCAAAGGCCGGGGAUCUGCCAGCUGGAAAUGAUCCUUGGCUUACGCUGGGUCCCACUUUCCUGACCCUGGGCCAAACUCUGUGGAUUCUCGAGCUGGAAACGAAACAAAACUAAAUAYACACAAGCUGUCACCAGCAAUGGCCCUGCUGCUGUGUUUCACUUCUUUCUUCCCAAAACACUUCCAGGGAUGUGAGACUGCUGGGACUGACWUUCCUUAUGGCCACUUACAACCACGAGACUGCACUUACAGACCUUUGAGGGUCAGCUGUGCUUACAUUGAACAGGAACAUGACAGGCCAAAAUCAGCUUUUAAAAAUCUACUUCAAGUAAAUAAUUGCUGUAAAAAAUUACAAAAAAAAA